AUGGCGGAGGAGGAGGCGGCUGCCGACCGGAAUUGCGCCGAUCUUAGCGACACGAGCGACUAUACAUCGGAGGAUGAGGGAACAGAGGACUACAGAAGGGGAGGAUAUCACGCCGUGCGGAUCGGCGACACAUUCAAGCAUGGAAGAUAUGUUGUUCAGAGCAAGCUCGGCUGGGGCCAUUUCUCCACUGUCUGGCUAGCCUGGGACACGCAUAAAUCUAUGUAUGUAGCUCUGAAAAUUCAAAAGAGCGCCCAACACUACACAGAAGCAGCCAUGGAUGAGAUCACAAUUUUAAAGCAGAUUGCCGAGGGUGAUCCGGAGGACAAGAAAUGUGUCGUGAAGCUUCUGGACAACUUUAAGCAUUCUGGGCCUAACGGGCAGCACGUCUGUAUGGUAUUUGAGUACUUGGGAGAUAAUCUCUUGACACUAAUUAAGUACUCGGGCUACCGUGGUGUUCCCCUUCACAUGGUCAGAGAAAUUUGCUUCCAUAUUCUAGUUGGAUUGGAUUAUUUGCACCGCCAUCUGUCAAUCAUACACACUGAUUUGAAGCCAGAGAACAUAUUGCUUCUGUCUAUGAUGGAUCCAUCCAAAGAUCCUAGAAAGUCGGGUGCACCCCUUAUUUUAGCAUCCAACAAGGAUAAGAUUGCGUUGGAGCCCCAGACUUCUAAAGAUAUUAAGGGUUCACAUAGUGGACUUACUAAGAACCAGAAAAAGAAAUUCAGGAAAAAGGCUAAGAGAGCAGCUCAAAAGUGUACUGGGAAUGAAGCUUUUGAAGAAGCCGAGCUAGACAAUGAGACAAGUGAUCCCGAAGAUUCUCAAAAGGAUGGUAAAUCCAGUCGGGAGCCUCUUGAAGAGAUAAGAAAAGCUUUGAGCGAUGAUGGAGUAAAGGCUGCUUCUGAUUAUAAUAAGGCCAGUAGGAGAGUUGAUCGAACUGCAAAGCAGAAGAUGCUGGCCGAAGUUGACCUAAAAUGCAAAUUAGUAGAUUUUGGGAAUGCAUGUUGGACGUACAAACAAUUCACAAGCGACAUCCAGACGAGGCAGUACAGGUGUCCAGAGGUUAUAUUGGGGUCAAAGUACUCAACAUCAGCUGAUAUGUGGUCACUUGCUUGUAUUUGCUUUGAGCUGGCCACUGGAGAUGUUCUUUUUGAUCCGCAUAGUGGUGAAAACUAUGACCGAGAUGAGGAUCAUUUGGCCCUAAUGAUGGAGCUUCUAGGAAUGAUGCCACGCAAGGUUGCAUUGGGUGGGCGUUAUUCACGUGAAUUCUUCAAUAGAUUUGGUGAUCUUAGACACAUCAAAAGAUUAAGAUUUUGGCCUCUCAGCAAGGUCCUUAAAGAAAAGUAUGAGUUCAACGAACAAGACGCAUAUGAGAUGGCGGAUUUCCUUGUUCAGAUACUAGAUUUCGUGCCUGAGAAAAGACCGUCGGCUGCACAAUGCCUUAAUCAUCCUUGGAUUGUUGGAGGCCCACGCCAAACUGUCCCUUCUGUGUCUCAACAACUGAAGGUAAUUGAAAAUGGUUGGAGUGAGAAGGAUGAGAGAGAGGCAAUGGAGGUCGGUGUGGGGAACAUUGCUAUUGAUGGGGCAGUAAAAUCUGCCGAAGAUUCGAAAAUAUGA